UAAUAUUUCUUCAAGAUUUAGCUCCGUCUUUCUUUCGGCAUUCCCAGAAUCUUUACUCUUCGCUCCAAUGAAUCUUCAACAACAUACACUGGACUCCGAUCACCCCCUGCUCCCCAACAUCAAGAUCCACCAUCCCUCAUCUCCCCGCCACCACCACCACCACCACUCCGGCGCCACCCCUACCCCUACUGCCGGGGCCCGCCGCAAGGUUGGCGUGGCCGUCGACCUCUCCGACGAGUCCGCCUACGCUGUCCGCUGGGCCGUCGAUCACUAUAUCCGCCCAGGAGACGCCGUCAUUCUCCUCCAUGUAUCGGCCACGAACGUCCUCUUCGGUGCUGACUGGGGCCCACUCUCCCACUCCAGUCCUUCCAAGAAUGACAGAGAGACUUCCUCCGGCGGAUUACAUACGGACAAAGACGGGAAACAAAAUUCUCUGUCUCAGAAAGACCUGGAGAAUUUCGACGCGUUCACUGCUUCCAAGGCUGCGGAUCUCGCGAGGCCUUUGAAGGAGGCGCAGAUACCUUUCAAGAUCUACAUCGUUAAGGAUCAUGAUAUGAAGGAGAGGCUGUGCUUGGAGGUGGAGAGGCUUGGAUUGAGCGCUGUGAUAAUGGGGAGCCGAGGGUUUGGAGCUGCUAUGAGAGGCAGUGACGGGAAGUUGGGAAGCGUCAGUGAUUACUGCGUCCAUCAUUGUGUGUGUCCCGUUGUGGUGGUGAGGUAUCCCGAUGAUAAGGACGGUGGCCCGACAGUUGAAGAGGCCGUGGUGUCUGUGAAAGAAAAGGGAGAAGAGGAGACCGUGAUCAGGCCAGUUCCUCCAGCGGCAGCAGAGAAUACGGCAUUGAACCGCAAAGAUGCAUAGGACAGAUUUGGAGAACACCUUCAUCUUGUUGAUAGAAGCUACGCAUUUUGCAUUUUAUUGCAGACAAUCACAAGGCUAUGCUGAUACUUCAGGAGUUACUACAUAUUCGCGGUUUGUAGUAUCCCGCAAAAAAAGCAUGAUUCCAGAGCUCUCUCUUCACAGUUUCUUAGAUGUAUAAACUCUUGAGACUAUUUGUGAUAUUUCCAUGGUUGAGGUUUAAUCUGCAUUGUAGUGUUUCUCACUCCAGUUUGAGUGAUCUCCUCACUGAGUUCUUGUAUUUGCUGGGUUUAUGACUUUGCUUGAAAAAUGAUGCAAUUUUUUUUUCUCUUUUCUU